UGCUGUUUAGGUCCUUUCGAUAGUAUUUUCUACUUACAAUAUUUGGGCGCACACUAUUUUACAUAAGGAAAUUGUAGUCGGUUCAUGUUUUAUUUGAACACCGAUAGUCGAUAAGCGGUUUGUAGACUAGCUAUCGAUAUUGUGUUAAGUGUAUUGCCGUCUGUUUUCAUAACACAUUUUCGUAAAAGUAAAAAACUGAAAUAAAACACGAAAUGUCCUUAUCACCGGCUAGUGGCAUUGGACGCUUUUACAAGCACUCGGCGAAAAUAAUACGCUUUGUGCGCCUUGGCUGCACAAAUCGCCCAUUCUAUCACAUUGUUGUCAUGGAGAGGCGCAAAAAUCAGCAUCAGCCUGUAAUUGAGCAAGUCGGUUCAUACGAUCCAAUGCCCAACGAGAACAAUGAGAGAUUAGUUGCCCUCAACACCGAACGCAUUCGAUUCUGGCUUGGCAAAGGAGCUCACAUGUCUGAGCCGGCUGCCGAGUUGUUGGGCAUCUCUGGUUUGCUCCCCGUGCAUCCCCGCACUUACAUGACAGCUUGGCGCAAUCGCAAGGCGGCAGCCGAGGCGGCGGCACUGGCAGAAGCGGAGGGCAGUCAGAAAGCGGCAGAAACCGCGUAGGAUUUUCCUUGUUAUUUAUCAUUUAAUUAACCAAUAAAUUAUGCAUUGUUUUUACAAUUUA